CAACUAGACAGGAGGAAUCCAGCCCUUACCAGAUGUUAUAUACUCAGACUAAAUGCAUUGUGUUUAAAAGGUGCAAUGGAAUCGUUGGGGAAGCUUGUUCUCUGCCUACUCCUCUGUCACGUGACAGCAUGGAUCAACCAAUUCGAUGAAGCAUUCACCUUCACAUGUCCACUCGAAACCUCUUUGGUCCAUGUAAUCAGUAGCCAUGACAACCACUUUGAAGACAGAGUGUGGGAUUUCUCCUGUAGAGCCCCGCCUCAUCACGAUGCUAAGAUGACCAAUUGUGAAUGGACAGGCUACGUAAAUGAAUUUGAUCAACCCCUGACCUUCCAAUGUGCACGUGAUGGCAUCGUAGCGGGAAUAAGUAGUGUCCAUGACAACCAUUAUGAAGAUCGUCGUUUCAAGUUCUACUGCUGCGAAAUACCAGGCUACAUAACUGGGUCCUGCUACUUCACGGCUUACGUCAACAACUUCGACGAGCACAUGGACUACGUUGUGCCUUCCGGGAAAGUCAUGCGCGGCGUCGACGGCUACCACGAGAACAAGGAAGAGGACCGUCGCUUCAAGUUUGAGAUCUGUGACCUUGAUCAAAAUUGACACACCAACGCAAGGUCAAGUAAGUCGGAAGUAGAUGCAUGUCACAAAAAGUAAAACUUGAUGUGUAAUUUUUGUUUUGCAAAAAAAAAACUGGAUUCAAGCAUU